AUGUUUUUAAAAGUGUUUCUUGUUAGCUGUUUGGCCGUUGGCGUUCUCUCAGACUUAAUUGUAACGGAUGCUCAGCGGGAACAAUUCAAACAAGUCAUCAAAGAAACGUGCAAGAGGAAUGGCGCUGAAGAAAAAUCAGACGAUAUAGAGAACUCAAUCAAGGGCUUUGUCGACUGCAUCAAAGGCCUGAUCAAUAUUGAAACGGUUAAGAAAGAAAUUGAAGAAGCUAAGCCUAACGGCGCCCUUGACGAAGUCUUUAAGAAGUACUGCGCGAAAUCCCCCGAACUGAAAACCUGCAUCAACUCAUUGGCUGAUGGGGUAACCCCAUGCCUGGAGACCGCUAUUCGUGAAAACAUUGAUAAUGGGAAGAAGAGCGUCGACCAGUUGGUUGACUUCGUGUGCUACAAAGACGGAGACAGAAUUGCAUUGUUCAUCGCUGAAGGAGGUCCAGAAUGUUUCCAAGAGAAAUCCGGGGCAAUUCGCGAAUGCGCAAACAAGGCCAAGGAAGGAAUCAACAGUUUAGAGUCUUUCAAGAAGUUGACUCGUGACGAACAAUGCGGCAAGUUCGACAACCUUGCGGCCUGCGUCGUUAAGGCUUUGGAGGAAUGUUCAACCCCGACCCCUGGAAAUAUGGCGGAAUCACUCUUCAGAUACGUCAAGAACGGCAGCCCAUGCAAGAAAAUCUGA